CUUCCCAUCGCGUUCUCCGGUCUGCGGAGGCGAAGGCCUUUGUGGGCUGGUGGCUGGUCCGGGUGCGGGCGCAGGCUGAGGGGAACCGGGAGCGCGCGGCGGUCAUGACGGAGGGCACGUGUCUGCGCCGAAGAGGGGGACCGUAUAAGACGGAGCCUGCCACCGACCUCAGCCGCUGGCGACUCAGCAAUGAGAGGGGGAGGCAGACGUGGACAUACCUCCAAGGAGAGGAAGACCCUGGCCGAGGGCAGUCUGGCCUGGAAGCUCACUUACUGGGCCUGGACACCAGGAGUUACUUUAAGGACUUGCCGAAAGCCCACACAGCCCGUGAGGGGGCUCUCAACGGGAUGACGUUCUACGCUGCACUGCAGGCUGAGGAUGGGCACUGGGCGGGUGAUUACGGUGGCCCGCUCUUCCUCCUGCCAGGCCUCCUGAUCACGUGCUACGUGGCGCACAUUCCUCUGCCGGCUGGAUACAGAGAAGAGAUUACACGGUACCUGCGGUCUGUGCAGCUUCCUGAUGGCGGCUGGGGCCUGCACAUUGAGGAUAAGUCCACUGUGUUUGGGACUGCGCUCAACUAUGUGGCUUUGAGAAUUCUGGGCGUGGGGCCUGACGAUCCUGACCUGGUGCGAGCCCGGAAUAUUCUUCACAAGAAAGGUGGCGCUGUGUUCAUCCCCUCCUGGGGGAAGUUCUGGUUGGCUGUCCUGAACGUGUACAGCUGGGAAGGCCUCAACACUCUGUUCCCAGAAAUGUGGCUGUUUCCUGACUGGAUGCCCGCGCAUCCCUCCACCAUCUGGUGCCACUGCCGGCAGGUGUACCUGCCCAUGGCCUACUGCUACGGCACCCGGCUGAGCGCCGAGGAGGACCCGCUGGUCCAGAGCCUCCGCCAGGAGCUCUACGUGGAGGACUACGGCCGCAUCGACUGGCCGGCGCACAGGGACAGCGUGGCCCCCGAUGAGCUGUACACGCCGCACAGCUGGCUCCUCCACGUGGUGUAUGCGAUCCUCAACCUGUACGAGCGGCACCACAGCGCCAGCCUGCGGCAGCGGGCCAUCCAGAAGCUGUACGAGCACAUCGCAGCCGACGACCGCUUCACCAAGUACCUCAGCAUCGGCCCGAUCUCGAAGACCAUCAACAUGCUUGCGUGCUGGCACAGGGAAGGGCCGGCCUCCUCCGCCUUCCAGGAGCACUUGUCCAGGAUUCCCGAUUACCUCUGGCUGGGCCUUGACGGCAUGAAGGUGCAGGGUACCAAUGGCUCGCAGAUCUGGGACACCGCGUUCGCCAUCCAGGCUCUGCUGGAGGCGGGUGCACAACACAGGCCAGAGUUUUCGUCCUGCCUGCAGAAGGCUCAUGAGUAUCUCCGGGUCUCGCAGGUCCCAGAUAACCUCCCUGACUACCAGAAGUACUACCGCCAGAUGAGCAAGGGCGGCUUCUCCUUCAGCACACUGGACUGUGGCUGGAUUGUUGCCGACUGCACAGCUGAGGCCUUGAAGUCCCUCCUUCUCCUGCAGGAAAAGUGUCCCUUUGUCACCAAGCACGUCCCACGAGAGCGGCUCUUCGAUGCUGUCGCUGUGUUGCUGAGCAUGAGAAACCCCGAUGGAGGGUUUGCCACCUACGAGACCAAGCGUGGGGGACACAUUCUGGAGCUUCUGAACCCCUCAGAGAUCUUCGGGGACAUCAUGAUUGACUACACAUAUGUGGAGUGCACCUCGGCUGUGAUGCAGGCGCUGAAGCAUUUCCACAAGCAGUUCCCAGACCACAGGGCCGGAGAGAUCAGGACUUCCAAAACUACGUUGAAUAAUAGUGGUGAGAGUGGACAUCCUUGUCUUGUUCCUGAUCUUAGAAGAAAUGCUUUCAGUUUUUCACCAUUGAGAAUGAUGUUUGCUGUGGGUUUGUCGUAUAUGGCCUUUAUUACGUUGAGGGAGACCCUCGAGCGGGGCCUGCAGUUCUGUCGGCAGAAGCAGAGGCCUGAUGGCUCCUGGGAAGGCUCCUGGGGGGUGUGCUUCACCUACGGCACCUGCUUUGGGCUGGAAGCCUUCGCCUGCAUGGGGCACAUUUACCGCGACGGGGCUGCCUGUGCGGAGGUCUCCCAGGCCUGCGACUUCCUGCUGUCCCGACAGAUGGCAGAUGGAGGCUGGGGGGAGGACUUCGAGUCCUGUGAGCAGCGGCGCUACGUGCAGAGCGCCCGGUCCCAGAUCCACAACACGUGCUGGGCCCUGAUGGGGCUGAUGGCCGUCAGGCACCCUGACGUAGCGGCCCUGGAGAGAGGAGUCAGCUACCUGCUUGGAAAACAGCUGCCCAAUGGCGACUGGCCCCAGGACAACAUCGCUGGGGUCUUCAAUAAGUCCUGUGCCAUCAGCUACACGAGCUACAGAAACAUCUUCCCCAUCUGGACCCUUGGGCGCUUCUCCCGCCUGCACCCCGAGAGCGCCCUCGCCGGCUACCCUUGAGAGCACGUCUGUGGGCACCUGGGGGGGUCUGGUCAUGCGAGUUCCAGAGGUUGGGGCAUCUCAGAGGGGCCGAGACAGCCCCCUCCCUGCCCGCUUCGGCAGAAGCGCUGAGCCUGGGCCUGUGGCACGGGCAGGGCUGGUGCCUUCAGACCCGAUUUUCAGCGUAGGGUUAGUUCUGAGAACAGUUAGUCAAGCUCGGGUGAGGGAAGGAACUGGAUGAGCCUUGAGGGUGGGUAAAGCACAGCACGCUCCGUGGAACCGCCUGGCGUGGUACGUAUCCUCCCUGUGGGCGCGGGGCUGGGAGGGCUUUCCUGACCAGUGACUGAGUCCUCAGGAGCGGAGCAGCUGUGCCUCGUCCGCGUGCUGCCCCGGGCCCUCGAGGACCGGCUCUUCCUGUCUCUGUCUCUGGCUGAGGGAUGGGACAGCCGCCCGGAACGGCCUGGCGGGAGAGGCUGGGCCUCCCUGUUCACCGUGGCAGCUCAGGCUCAGCGAGGAUCGGGGACCAGACGCUGCUGGCCGGCCUCUGCCCCGGGUCCCGAGCUCGCGGGCGCUGCGUCCUGGUGCAGCCACAGCCUGUGGGGCGCCAGCAUCACUACCUCCAGAGCUUGUAGUCGCCUUGUAGUGACAGAUGGGAGGCCGAGCGUGAGGAGGGGUGAGGGGUUGUUGAUGGCCACACAACAGUGGGGCCCUGAUGUGUGUUGGGGACACCCCUCACCCCCUUUGUGCUCUAAGCUGCAGGGAGCGUCACACUUCCAGGCUGCAGCCUCUCAGGUGGCGAGAGCCUCUGAACUUCCCUCUGGCUUCUACACCCGUCUGGCUUAGCAUGCAUGGACUUGGGGCUCAGGAUGGAAAAUCCAAAUCCUGGAAUUGCCUCUGACGUACGAGGAUGAGCAGGAGUGUGGCUGUGUGGGUCACUGAGAGUGUUGAUAAGGGUCAAACCCAGGCCUGGUGUCGCCCCAGCGGCCCACCUGCUUCUCAUCCCCCCAGGUCCUUCUCCGUCUGCUGUUCCUCUGUGCCUCUCCCUGUCUGACGGCAGCCCUGGCUGCGCGGCCCCAGCGCACCACCCUCCCUCUGACAGCCAGAGAGACGCCUGGGUGCCCCCCUGCUCCCGCCAUCCCUGCCCAGACCCUUAGGGCGCUCUCCGAGGUUUGCACCACGUGGCCUUGCUUCCGCAGCUCUCGUGGCCCCCGAGCGCUCUCCCUGACUCUGCCCGGGGCUCGCCUGCGUCCGGCCUUUGCCUGAGCUGCCCCCCACUGCCCUCCUGCCCCAGGUGGUGCUCUCCCUGCUCUGAGCCCCGCAGGGCCUGGGCACGUGUACGCGCGGGCACGUCCUGCUGGCUCCACCGGCUGCCACACUGUGGAAUGUAGCAGGUGUUCAGCUGGUGCUAGUUGGAUGUCAGCACUUGCCCCAGACGUUUUUAAACUCGGGUUUAUUUUGCUGAGGAAGCUGCACUGGGCCCCACUGAGAUCUGUCAGGGCUGCUCUUGCACCGGCAGUGCAGACGGUGAUUUCCAGCAGUCUGCUUCUUGCAGCGGUCACUGCCCAGCCAUGAUCAGAUCACUGGACGAAACGUAAAACUUCCAGGAAAGAAAUGAAAACCAGCUGUUACACUGAAACGUUACUGAACGUCACCUAUCUUACCAGCUACCUUAAUACACAGACGUUUGAGUCCCUUAGGCAGAGGCUUGUCGUGCAUGUGUUUAGUUCCAUCCUGGAAACCGUCAUAGAUUGGGGUCCCUCGUGCCCCACGUCCGAUGCUGGACCACCACCCCUCAGUCUCAGGGAACAAGAGAAAUGGUUCCAAGAUAAGCAGGAUGCACCUCUAGUUAUUUGAGGGGAAAAUAUUUGCCUCAACCUGCUUAAAAGUCAAGUUCUCUGUCCUGGGUGAAUGAUUAACGUGUCUUGAAUUCAAAUUGUUUUAUUUUUGGUUAUCAGGAGCAAAUUUUGAAUGUUGUGCUGGGAAGCUUUCUCUGGAGCCAGGUUAGCUUUUCUUGUUCAGCAGGAUGUAAACUUCAGAUCUGACCCUUUGAGGGAUUCUCUAACUGGAAAUGCUUAACUCACAAUGGAAACUUAUCUCCAAGAAAAUACUUUCCCUACUGAACAUAAACAAUGUCGAUAUGUAGAUUUAACUUUUA